AUGUAUGAUUAUCAUUUGAGGAAUGCAAAUUUAUCUGCGACGUCUUAUAGUCUCAAAGAAGAGUCUUUCAGUGAUGUGUUGAAUAGUAGUAUUUACCAGUUGGCCACAGAGACGGCUAUUCCUAUUCCUGGCUCAUCUGAAACAGGGGUGUCAAAAUUCAGCCGUUCUCUUGCCACUGUCCAACCAGAUGCUGGUACAAUAGCUGUUGGCAUGGCUACAGAAGUUAACCUGUCUCUUGGAAAAUGGACUUCUAAUUCAAAAUAUGAUCUCAGAAGUCAAGCCAUGACAAUUCUACGUCCAGGUCUUGAUACAACAAAAGCAUAUGAGGUCUCCUCUGCAGCAACUGAGGACACGUUAAGCACUUCAUGGGCUAAUGACAGAACCAAGCUAGAACUGAAGGACAUGACCUCUCCUAGAGGAGAGGAACAUGCUGAACUUUAUGGUGGUCCAACACAUGAGGCCAACUCAAAGGGUGAUACCAUCAGCUUUGGCUCAGACUUCAAAUAUUGGCAACCUUCAACUGCUGCUUCACUUGAUGUGGUGCAUUCUGGAACUGGGUAUGAUAUCCCUGUUCGAGAAGAUAGUUCAUUGGAAACUAUGACUAACACUCCUAGUUACUGGGAGCUGGUGGAGAUGGCCACAACUACUAUGGUGUCACCCAUCUUCUCUUUGGAGUUACCACAUACAAUUACAGAGGACACACAGACUCUAAAGUUGGCCUCCAGCUUCAUUUCUGUACAACCCAAAGCUGAACUUGCAGGUCAGCACUACACCUUGCCUCAGAGGUGGAGAGAUGCAACACCAUCUCCUCCAGAUCCCACUGUUCUUGACAUAUCUAGGGUUGUGUUGACAUCUGAGGAACCUACUGAAUUGUUCACCACAAAGAAGGAUAGCAAGGGUGUUGUGCACAUGCUUUCAGAAGGAACAGGCACCACACUUGCAUCUCAUCCCUUCCAAGACACAGUAAGGGUCACCUUGCCAGUGGGACCCACUUCUCCUAGGAUGACCCAUGAUGAUCUUCACACAGGAGUUCCUACAGCCAGUCCAGCAAUAGAGCUUUUCAGCGUAACAUCCUCUCAAUGGAAAGGUGACAUCCCCAUGCCUUUGCAUGCCACAGCUUCCCUUGCAGAGACUACAAAGCCAGAGAGAACUUCUGUAGUGACAACCCAUGGGUCUGUAUCAAUGUACAUUACAUCACUUGACUCCUCUAGGACCAGUGUUCCUGAAUUGUCCUUGGAAAUGCACAGUGGGGCUGCUGAAAAAGCUCGGAAAGAGCAGGAAGCACUGGAGGUCACAACACUGCCCAGGUUCUCAAGUUCAGAAGAGUGGCAGCCUGACCCCAAAGCAGUGACAUCUUCUCCAGCAUCAGCUAGCAUUGUGGAUGGAAUAGAACCACCAAGUCUGCCUUCAAAGGACUCAGAUGCCUCUGCUGGAACAACUACAUUCAGAACCGAGCCAAGAUAUAAGACUACUUCUGCCACAACCGUUCUCCUGACCACUUCCAAAUUUCUUCCUGAAGAGUCAAAGUCAACUUGUAGCCACAUUUCUUGCCUUUUGAGAACCAUCCCAUCCUCCUUCACUCCAUCUUCAGCUCAGCUUUUCCUGACUUCCCAACCCUACUUGACUAGGAAUGUUUGGGUCUCCACAUUAAGCCCAAAAGAUGUUAGGAAGGAGAAGUCUACUGUUGGGGUGGGAACCAAAGCCACCAGCACCAAGGCGAUCAUCACAAGGAUAGUAACUGAAGGGGUGGCUGUCAUCCCAAGGGGUCGAUCUUCAGAGCAACCAGAGUCCAAAGAUCCAGUGUUGAGGGAAGCAACAACAAAAGAGAAUCUGAUCUCCUCAAAGACACCUCUGUUACUGGUUCCAGAGCUGCAUGUUCUACCCCUGUCAUUUCGUCUCACUGGAAUGGAUUAUUUGCAAUCCUUGGAGAACAAGACCUCUGGAAGCUACAAGAAGCUGGAAAAAGAAGUACAAUUAACAGUAAACAAGAUGCUAUCUACUUACGAGGGCUUCCUUCAAACAAACAUUCUUGGAUUCUUGAAUGGCUCUGUGGUUGUUAAGAGUGAAGUUGUAUUCCAGAGAAGGGUCCCCAUUCCCACACCUUCCGAUGUCAUCCGUACAAUUGCUACAGAGGUAGAGAGACGGGCGAUAGACACUUUCUUUGACUGGAGGCUAGAUCUACAGUCCCUUCAUUCCAAUGGAUUCGACGUGGACAACCUAGAACCUGAGAAGUUGGCCAUAUCUUUCACUGCUCUAGAACUGGAUUCUGGAGGAGCCUUGGGUAGUGUGAUGAAUUGGAACCAUCUGAUGCUAAGGAGGCUGUCCAGGUCAUUCACUGCUCUAGAAUUAGAUUCUGGAGGAGCCUUGGGUGGUGUGAUGAAUUGGAACCAUCUGGUGACUAUGUUACUUGGAGCUCGUUACGCUGUGCAGAACAUCUCAUUCAUCGAAAGUGGAAACCUCCAGGGUGGCAUAGAUAUAAACGGAGAAGUCUAUAUCGAUACUGACAUUCAUGUUGACGUUGGCUGGGCUCUAGAAGCACUGACAGAGCUUUCAAAUUACUCAGUAGAUCUCACAUCCCUCUCCAUCGAUGGAUCACGGCUCAGCCUUCAAGUAUUCCCCAUUUCUUUCUUGGUGACCAACAGAAUAUUCAAUGAGAAAAUGAUGGACCGCUCUUCUGUGGAGCAUCUGAACCUUGUGAGGGAUCUCUCUGGAGUGAUAAUGCAUGUACUGGGCAAGUACAAAAGCCUCCUUCAAGUGGCAAUCCGGGAGAUUACAGGUGGCUCCUUGGUGUGCCAUGGAGAUGUGAUAUUCCAUCAUCCUGCCCCGACCAGCAAGGAUAUUCUCCGGACUCUUGCCCUUGCAGUUGGUCCAAAGGAUUACCUGGAUUCAUCUACUCUCCAGGUGGAUCCAUUCUCCUUUACAGUAGCAGGUGAUGUGUUGGAGCCACCCUUUGCCAGUUUAGGGAUUCCCAUCUAUGCUGUAGUCAUCCUGGCUUUGUUUGUCCUUGCGCUUAUUGCUCUUCCCAUCUUGGUUUUGCUGCCGAAGAUGCUUGGCCGGAAAGACAAGAUUAUCAUUAAUAGAUUGCGUGACCUUGAAGGCGGCAUUGAGUUGUUUGAACUGGAUAACCCAGCUUUCCGCCCCACUCUGGAAGAGGUGCAUUUGGAGUGUCUGGACACACACAUGUGA